ACACACGGCAACACCAGGGAGAUAGAUAGAUACAGAGAGACUACGUUAGAUUUACAACUGGAAAACCAGUAUAGUGUAAAUCCAUAUCGAUAUUUGAACUGUUGAUCUGUAUUGGAAUUGGCACAAUGGCGGAUACCUUAUCCAGACGAUCAGUUGACAUGGUCUCGAAAGACAGCUUAAGAAAGAGUAAGAAACCACUCAUGGAAAAAAGACGCAGACUGAGAAUCAACACCUGUCUGAACCAACUGAAGACCUUAGUGCUACAGGCCCUUAACAAAGAUGGUUCGCAUUUUUCAAAGCUGGAGAAGGCCGAUAUACUAGAAAUGACCGUGAAGUAUCUUCGUGGCAUCCAGCGAUCCCAGAUGAGUGGACAGCUUGGCGCCAACCCCACGACCCAGGCCGCCAAGUACCGGGCGGGAUUUACCGAAUGUGCUAACGAGGUUGUACGCUACGUCCACGCUGUGCAAGGCGUCAACGGCGAAGUACGUUCACGACUUAUGGGGCACCUGGCUAACUGUAUGCAGGUUGUCAACUCAAGCCCAGAGGCCCAGCCCCCGAGAGUGCCCCUCCAGCCCCUGUACGUGCAGGUGCCUAACGCGGGUGUUCCCGGUGGACAGGACUUGCCCAACCCCGUCAGUGCUAUGGCAGCCCAUCAGAACAUGCUUAUGUGGAGCCAACAACAACAACAGACACAAGUGCACCCGAUGAUGGCGUCAAUUGUCACUCAAGGCGCUAGAUCUCCACCCUUCGUCUCACCAUAUUCUCAGGGCUCUUCAUCGUCGCGCUCCUCGUCGCCUUCCUCGUCCAUCCCUAGUCCAUCAUAUAGCGACAGAUCCUCAACUACCAGUACGCCUCCAAUUAGGACGACGCCAAAACUCGAUCUCCAUUCGGCAGCAGACCAGGAAGUGUCAUUUCGUAAACAUCUCGAACCUCAACCGUCGGCCAUGAAGCAGUUAGCUGACGUUAAGUGCAAAGAGGAAAACGUAUGGCGACCUUGGUAACUUUGAAAAGAUGGACUAUAUAUGGGAACUGUUUUACCAACCAGGGCUAUAUUGACCUUAUUGAGUGCCAAUAACAGAACAUUUUAUUUUAUUAUUUUCCAGUCCGUGUCUGGCGUCCUUGUACUGUUCGAAGAUUUUUACGAACAAACAUUUGUUACUGAAAGAUGACCUGACGAGCUAUCAUGGCGCUAGGUAGCGGCAGAAAGACACUUAUAUCAAUGAUUACAUCACCGGUGCUAUUCACAAGUGCUUUGUUUCACUCUCACAUUGGGUCGAACUUGGUUCGCCUGAAAAAUUUGAUCUCUUGUUUUGAUUAAAGAAAAUUUUAUUUUUC